AUGGAGCAUCAAGUUGAUACUGCUGCUGAUGCCUCAAUCUCCACCAGUCCAAUUGCACUACCACCACUACCACACAUGUCCUAUGCCAAACCAUUCCCUGACAUAUCGAAGAUCGAAGUUUUCAAUGGCAACAAUUUCAUAAGGUGGCAAGAAAGGGUUUUCUCUAUCCUAGAUGUGCACGGCGUGGCUUUCGCACUUACGGAGGUUGAACCAAUUGAUAACAAGCUUCGAGAUCAAUGGAUACACACUAAUAAGGUAUGUAGGCACACAAUUAUUAGUACUCUUUCUAAUGAAUUGUUUGAUGUCUACUGUCUGUACAAGGAAGCAAAACAAAUAUGGGACUCCAUGACUGCAAAGUACACUGCCAAAGAUGUGGGCAGACAAAAAUUUGUAAUCGGAAAUUAUUAUCGAUGGGAAAUGUCCGAUGAUAAGGAGAUCAAGACACAAAUCAAUAAAUAUCACAAGCUAGUGAAGGACUUGAAGGCAGAAAACAUCAACUUACAAGAAGAAUUUCUUGCGGGCCUGCUGAUUAAAAAGUUGCCUGAGUCUUGGAAUAACUACAAGCAACAACUCAAGCACAAGGACAAGCAAUUGUCACUAGCCGAUUUGAUCGUGCAUAUCAUCAUUGAGGAUAAAACUCGCAAGGAGAUCAAAAAUAGGUAUUAUAACAAAAAAAACCUUAUUACAAACCCAAGGUUGCUCACCCCACCUUCAAAAAGAAAGGCUCUUGCUUUGUUUGUGGAAAACCAGGCCAACAUUGUGGCCAAUGUGAAAGAGUGGGUGGUAGACUCAGGUGCUAUCAGGCAUAUUUGUGCGAACAAAAAUGCCUUUUCCUCCUACAUGCCAGUAGGGGAAGGAGAAAAAAUUAUUUAUCUUGAUGAUUCAAGAACGGCUCAAGUUCUUGGGAAAGGAAAAGUUCUUCUCAAGCUCACAUUCGGCAAGACUUUGGUCCUGAAUGAUGUAUUACAUGUCCCUAAUAUAAGGGCAAACCUGGUCUCGGUAGCACUUUUAGGAAAGGUUGGGGUGAAGGUGUCAUUCAAAUCUGAUAAGAUUGUAAUGACAAAAAAUAAUGUCUUUGUGAAAAAGGGUUAUUGUAAUCAAUGA